AUCUCACUCACAUCGCUAGCAGGAGGCAUCCAGAACGGCUGUGUCAGUCGAAAGGAAACAUCAUCUUCAGGGAUCCUGUGUUAUUUGAGGGCUCACGAAAAAGCUAGCGACAUCCGUCCCGUCAUCUGGAAGAACGAUGUCUGAAUUAUUUGCGUUUUAUCGGAUCUAAUAUUAACGGACUGACGCGGCCAUGGCAAGUCUCGGUGUCAGCUUUAUCGACACACGCCUGCAACAUCUGAAGGAUAUAAAGUGAAAUAUAAAUUAUAAUUGAGUAAGUUUAUCUGAUCUCGGCAGACUUCAUCUGUGCGCAUGCGAGAUAACAGUUUUGCGCUCUGGAUAUGCUGAUGUGAACUGAUACAGGCUGAAUGUCUGUUCAAGAUAAUGUGAUUUUGUCUUUCCAUAGACAUUUUUCUCCGACAUUAUCAUCGCCAAGUCUAAAACGGGGACUAAUUUGUACCAUUCGGUUUGUAAAGUGUUUUUAAACGCCACAUUUGAUGGUUAAUGAACGGAUGUCUUCAUCUACAAUCAUCUGACCACCUCUGAAUCCAUUGCAUUAGAAGAGAUAUCCUGGAGUUUUCCUUUAUUUGCUUAAUCAGAAGCUCAUUCGGAAUCCAGAUAUUUACUCUUGGGUUAAAGGAGCCUAUAAGGAGCGUGGUUAAACAGUAACGAGAUCUUGGAGAUGUCAGGCCGGCCUAGGACCACCUCAUUUGCGGAGAGCUGCAAGCCAGUGCCGCAGCCUUCAGCCUUUGGCAACAUGAAAGUCAGCAGAGAUAAAGACGGCAGUAAAGUUACUACAGUGGCCGCGACUCCCGGUCAGGGUCCCGACCGACCUCAGGAGGUCAGCUACACGGACACAAAGGUCAUCGGGAACGGCUCGUUCGGGGUCGUGUAUCAAGCGAAGCUUUGCGACACCGGUGAGCUGGUGGCCAUAAAAAAGGUUCUGCAGGAUAAAAGAUUUAAGAAUCGUGAGUUGCAGAUCAUGAGGAAGUUGGAUCACUGUAACAUCGUCCGUCUGCGCUACUUUUUCUACUCCAGCGGAGACAAAAAGGAUGAGGUGUAUCUGAAUUUGGUGAUGGACUACGUGCCUGAAAACGUGUACCGAGUGGCCAGACACUACAGCAGAGCCAAGCAGAAUCUGCCCAUGGUCUAUGUGAAGCUAUACAUGUACCAGCUGUUCCGCAGCUUGGCGUACAUCCACUCGUAUGGGAUCUGCCAUCGAGACAUCAAGCCGCAGAACCUCCUGCUCGAUCCAGAGACAGCUGUACUCAAACUCUGUGACUUUGGAAGUGCUAAGCAGCUGGUGCGUGGUGAGCCUAAUGUUUCCUACAUCUGCUCGCGCUACUACAGAGCCCCUGAGCUCAUUUUCGGAGCCACGGACUACACUUCCAGCAUAGACAUUUGGUCAGCUGGCUGUGUACUGGCCGAGCUGCUGCUUGGACAGCCCAUUUUCCCUGGUGACAGUGGUGUAGAUCAGCUUGUUGAAAUCAUUAAGGUGCUGGGAACUCCUACACGAGAGCAGAUCCGGGAGAUGAACCCGAAUUACACUGAAUUCAAGUUUCCACAGAUAAAGGCACACCCGUGGACUAAGGUUUUCCGGCCCCGGACCCCUCCGGAGGCGAUAGCCCUGUGUUCCAGAUUGUUGGAGUACACGCCUACGGCCCGACUCACUCCUCUCGAGGCCUGUGCUCACACUUUCUUCGACGAGCUCCGUGAGCCCAACCUCAAGCUCCCGAAUGGAAGAGAGCGGCCUGUGCUGUUUAAUUUCACUACACAGGAGUUGUCUAGUAACCCCUCGCUGGCCUCCGUACUCAUUCCUGCACAUGCUCAGAACCAGGCGGAAAACUCCUCUCAGUCUGCCUCGGCUGCAACAGGUGCUAACAGUGGCGAUCGCGGUCUGAACACCAACGCUGCCUCUGCCGGCCCUAAUCCUUCAACUUGAACCCCGUCCACCCGUCAAUGGGCCAUUUUUACGCUGCUGCUUAUUAGCCACGCCCACUCCCCGGGAAAGGGGCGUGGCUAAAACUAACCGAAAAGCUCAUAUGAUAUGAUGGAUGCACCAACCAAACCUUCUCCCAGUCAUUGUCUGUUUUUAUUAUUAUUUUUAAUUUAUUUGCUCUAAAGGACGCAACGAGGGCUCAGAAACACCGCCUCAGGACUAUCUGCGGUGAUGUUUGACAAUUCUCUCUCUCUGUCUCUCUUUCUCUAUAUAUACACACACACAUUUACAUAAACCGUUACACCUACAAAUAUGUUUUCACAUGUCUACUUUGACAUUUUUUAAAGGGAAAUCUGUAUGCUGUAGUCGCUGCUUCUUUUAUAAUAGUCUCGGGCCCUUUCCUAGUCACCUGUGGGUGGAGACAAAGACUUUGAAUAUGAGCUGACACAGAUGGGAUACAACAAUCCUGGUUCAACGGCAUGGACUGAUUUCCAGGGCUUGUGUACAUUCUGUAGACUAUGUGAAAUAUAUGCUAAUUGCCUUUUUCCUCAGUAUUGGGCGGAUAUGUUGUAUGCUUAAGCUGUAUGCUGCUGUGUACCUCUUUGUUUUCGACCACUUUUGAAGGAGUGACAUUAUCCAUUCGUUUCCUGCUCGUCUUCCUCCUUCCCGUUGUAUAAUACUUCACUGAAUUCUACAGAUGUUGACACACACGUAAUAUCGGAUCAUUUUCUGUGAGUGAGAGUGUGCGUGUGUUUGUGUGUGUGAGCGCAUGCUGUACGUCUUAUGUCUAUAAAUACUGUAUGCUGAUUAGUGCGCUAAAAGAAACAAGCACGAAAUUAUGAAAAAUGAUAAUCAGGACUUUUAAACGGAACACGUGAACGGGUUUCUGAACCGCAAAUUCCAGCCUAAAGAUGAUGUCGGGUUUAGUUCGUGUCACUUGUGUUAGAAUUGAGUAGGAAUGAGUGGCUGAAAGCAGUGGACUGCUCCGUCAGGAAAUUGACACUAAUGAGGUGGAAAAAGAUAGGAUGGGAACGUUUUCUCUACAGUACAUUCGCUUCCAUUUCUUCUUGUUUUUCUUCCUUGCGUCCUCUUUAGAGCCCCCUGGUGUUUUUGGAAGUGCACAACGAAGCUGGUGUAUCUUGUUCAUUAAAUACGGUCGUGAAUUAGUACAGAAGAGUCACUUCAGACUGUUUAUGUACCUCCCAAAAGUGCUGUUGAAAGAAUAUCCAUCUGUUCUGUUGCCCACUUAAAGCGAUCAUUCACCCAUAUAUGAAAAUAAUCAUCAUUUGCUCACACAUAUAUACAUUUUUUUUUCUUCCAUAACACUAAAAGAAAUGUUUUCUUUUUUUUAAAUGAUCUUUUCUAUACAGUGAAAGUGAAUAGUGACUAAGAGCUGUCAAACUACAAAAAUGACAAUAUAUAAUAUUAUUUUUAUUAUUAUAUCAGUAAUCCACAUGACUUGUGUGUUGCAUUAAAAGUGCUCUAAAGUCAAACAAUCAUUUUAUGAGAGGAAAACACAAAGCUGUAAGCUACUAAUUCAUUUCUAACUCCCUAACUCUAAUGUGAUACACAAUAUAAUUUGCCAUUUUUAAUAUAAAUGAACAUGAGAUUUUAUUUUAUUUUUUUUUUGUCAUUUUUGGAGCUUGAAAGAUGAUCUCCAUCCACUUUCAUUGUAUGGAAACGAGUCAGUUUUUCUGCACUAUUAUUAUUAUUAUAUUUAAUUAAUUCAUUAAUUUUUUUUUUUUUUUUUUUUUUUUUU